AUGCGACUGGAUCGAUGGUUCGACUACGAAAGUGGACAUACGUGGUGUGAGAGCGCCUACAAAUAUCAAAUUAUCUCGAUUGUUGCUGAAUUCGCUAACACUAUAACAAAUUUACCAUUGAUAAUGUUACCACUUGUGAAUGUACUCCUGAUAAGACCAUAUGUUGAGAGUGUUAACUGGAUGGUAAUUAUACCUCAUAUCCUUCUUACUGUAAAUGGUAUUGCAUCUACUUAUUAUCAUGCUACCCUUAAUCUUUUUGGCCAGCUAGUUGAUGAAAUUAGUAUAUUGUGGUUGUUGAUGACAUGCUUGGCUGUUUAUUUUCCAGUUUUCAGUUUCUAUCCAAAGCAAUAUCAUAAAUACAUUGGUAGAGUGCGCUGCGUAAUAGCAGCGCUGACCAUACUGGUCAGUACUUUUUGUUUUGUGAAGCCAUCAUUAAAUGCACUGGUACUAAUGUUAUGGUCCAUACCGAGCGUUGCUAUCAUUCAUCAUGAAGCGGCUAAUGCUGGUAUUCCUGAGAUCAUCAGCUUUCCACGGAAAAUAUCGAUAUUGUGGAUUGCUGCUUCCAUCUGUUGGGUAUCUGAUCGAGCGUUCUGUGAUUUCUGGCUUCUUUUGGAAGUCCCAGGUGGACAAUCGUGGACGCUCGGUCUUAAGAGAGUCAAAGAACGAAAACGAGCGCUAGGCAAAAAUGGUAUAGAUAGUAAAGAUGGACAACCAAGUCUCCGAGGAGCAAAGGGUUCGGCCAGUGAGAUGGGAAAAAUUGGUUCUAAGGGUAAAGAAACAUCUCAAGAAUGCGGCCCCAAAGGAAGGAACGGUUCAUCAAAAAAUUAUGGACCGCGAGGUAAAUCAGGCCGUAAUGGUAAGUCACUAGAUGAAUCAGCAGGUCCACGAGGUACUCCAGAUUCAGCUGGUAAACUUGGAACACGUGGAAGUGCCAGACCAGCAGGAACGGGAAGUGAGCCUAGCGAGAGCGGAAAUUGCCAACACUAUCCGAAGCCACGACUACCGAAUUAG